GGAGGGACCAGAGAGAGACGCGGGUGGCGGAGGGAGAGGAGUUAGGGACAUGUUUGUGAGGAAACCUUUUCUCUGGAAAUGUUUGGGGCGGUGGGUGUUUGCCAGGAGCCUGAGUGGGGGCUCCGGCAGUAGGUUGGACCUGGCCGGCAUUUACGCCCCUAUCACCACCCCCUUCAACCAGAGGGGAGAGGUGAACUACCAGCAGCUGGAGGAGAACGUCCACAAGUGGAGCAAGAUCCCCUUCAGAGGGUUGGUUGUGCAAGGCUCCAAUGGGGAGUUUGUCUACCUGAGCAGUGAGGAGCGCGUUGAGAUUGUCCGCAGGGUGAGGCAAGUCCUCCCUCAGGAGAUGCUUCUGGUGGCUGGCUCUGGAUGCGAAUCCACGGAAGCCACUGUGACGAUGACGCAGAGCAUGGCAGACGCGGGGGCGAGCGCCGUGAUAGUCAUCACUCCGUAUUACUACAGGGGCCGGAUGAACAGCUCUGCCUUCGUUCACCAUUACACACGGGUGGCGGAUUCCUCGCCUGUACCCGUCGUGCUGUACAGUGUCCCAGGCAACACAGCCUUGGAGCUGCCAGUGGAUGCCAUCGUGACGCUCUCCCACCAUCCCAACAUCAUUGGGCUAAAGGACAGCGGGACCGAUGUUACAAGGGUCACCCUGAUCGUUCACAGAACCAGGAAGCAGGGUUUCCAGGUGCUGGCCGGAUCUGCGGGAUAUCUCCUGCCGUUGUACUCAGUGGGUGCUGUCGGAGGCGUGUGUGUGUUGGCGAACGUACUUGGGGAGCCCCUGUGCAAGCUGGAAGAGCUCUGCCUGGCCGGACAGUGGGUAGAAGCUCGUGAACUUCAGUACAGGCUGGUUGAGCCGAACGCAGCAAUUACACGGAAGUUUGGGAUUGCAGGCCUCAAGGAAGCAAUGGAAUGGUUUGGGUAUCACGGAGGACCCUGCCGCGCUCCGUUACUGCCCUUGACGGAAGCAGAGAGGAAGGAGUUGCGUGGUGACUUCAUGUCCAACGGAUGGCUGUAAACUUAGCCACACUGACAAUUACGGAUUUAGAACUAAUUAAUCUUCUAGAAACUGCUUAAGAAAUGGGCUUGUUUUGUUUUUUUUUUAUUGCUGCUGUUCUGUUGAACAUUGUGGGCAUGCUUUGUUGGCGCUGGAAAGUCAGACGACACUUGCAAGCUGACAGGUCGUCCAAAAUGAUAACACCAAGGAAUUUAACAUUGCUGACCUUCUCCACCUUCUAUCCUCCAAUGAGGACUGGCUUUGACUUCCUUAUGAAGUCAAUAAUCAACUCCUUGGCCUUGCUGACAUUGAGAAGAGUAACGGGCUUCACAGUCAUCUGUGGCAAUGAAUUCCACAAAUUCACCACCCUUUGGCUAAAGAAAUUAACCCUUAUCUCUGUUCUAAAGGGAUGGCCUUCUGAUCUAAGGCCAUGCCAUCUGGUCCUAGACACUAAACUUACAUUCACAAUGAAAAUAUUUUUUCCUAUCUACUGCAACAUGUUGAAAUAAGGCAACUGGAAAAAACGUUAAAGGGAAAGAAUAGUUUAAGUUCUGUCUUCAGUCUCCUGUGCUCCAUUAAAGGACAUUUUGUUAACAGUUGGCUGCUUAUUGAUAGUGGUCUUAUUCAGGUUAAGAAGUUAGUCAGGAUUGUGAAGCAAAUUCGUUUCCAAUUCCUUAUUAUGUAGACAUUACAACACAGUACAGGCCUUUUGGCCCACACUGUUGUGCUGACCUCCUAAACUACUAAGAUCAAUCUAAUUCUUCCCUCACAGAGCCUUUCAUUUUUCUAUAAUCCAUGUGCUUCUUUAAUGUCCCGAAUUUAUCUGCCUCUGAACACCACCCCUGGCAGGGUGUUCCAUGUACCCUCCACUCUCUGUGUAAAAAAAAAACACACCGCUGAUAUCCCCUCUGUACUUUCCUCCAAUUGCCUUAAAAUUAUUCCCCAUUGAGUGAGUGAGGGGAAUGUUUUUUUAAUCCUGAAGAAAAUUUACAAGUUUCAUUGCUGAAAUCAAAUAAAGACUUAACAAUGCUGUUCUGGUUAUUUUAGCCCACUGGUGAAAUUUGUUGUACUUCUAUCUGUGCUGGGAGAAAUAAGGUUCAAAAUUGCAGUUACCCUUUUGCAAUGGGACUCUGCCAACACAAUCUCAGUUUGCUCCUCCUCAAGAUCUUUUUUAAUUUUGUCAAGAGUUACUGAAGCAGAAUUCAGAUUAAAGUUGCAUUUUGUGUCCUUGAGUGUGGCAGUAAGGUUGUUUUCUUUGCAAGGCACCAUGAGACAUAGGAGCAGAAUUAGGCCAUUCAGCCCAUCAAGUCUGCUCCACCAUUCCAUCAUGGCUGAUCCUGGAUCCCACUCAACACCAUACACCUGCCUUCUCGCCAUGUCCUUUGAUGCCCUGACCAAUCAGGAAAUGAUCAACUUCUGUCUUAAAUAGACACAUGGUAGCAUAGCGGUUAUUGCAUUGCCUUACUGCCGCUGUCUGUAAGGACCAUCUGUCUGUACGUUCUUUCUGUGACCACAUGGGUUUCCACUGAGUGCUCUAGUUUCCCUCUACAUUCCAAAGUCUGCAGGUUAGGGUCAGUGGGUUGUAGGCGUGUUAUGUUGGUGCUGAAAGCGUGGCGAUACUUGGAGGCUGACUAGCACAGUCCUUGCUGAUUUAAUGCAAAACAACGCAUUUCUCUGUAAGUUUCAAUGCACAUGUGACAAAUAAAGUUAAUC